AUGUCGAAUCAGAACGGUAUUACCGGAAACAACGUGCCGCAUCUCGGUCAGGCGGCCGCUAACGAGCGGAGCAAGAUCAAAUCGCUUGCGACAAACGAGAACAAGACACCCAUCCCCGACAUUGAUCAGGAUGCGCAGACCGGUCCGGAAAUGGUCGGCGCGGAGGACCCCCGGCAUGAUUCGGUGAAGAAGAAGCGCACAUUCUUGGAGCGUCUCCUUCACCUGAACAAGAACAAGAAGUAA